AUGUCUCCAAAUCUAGCAUCGGCCGCCGUGGGAUACGGGAGACAUUGCCCACAGUCAGCCUGUUUUCAUUGUAGGGCUUUUUGCGCAAGCGGUUAUAUCCUUCUUCACAGGGAAGAGAAGAGCCGAUUUCAACAGGUCCCACGAAGACAAACAAAGAACCACACCCGCUUGGCGUUGCUCACAGAAAGUCCAUCCCAGCUCUACCCUCUAUCAGCUUGGGCAGAUAGGGCAGCCAGUGCCUUCGGUACCGUAGGCCGGGGAACCCCGUUCCUCUUCGGACCGUCCGCGGCUAUCCGCCUGGCCCAGAUCAAAGCCCAGCUAACCCUGCACCAACUGAGCAUCAUCGCCGCUGCCAGUAACCACGGCAACCAGCAACUGGCCCUGCUCAACCUUCUCCAGCAAGCAGCUGCCAACAACAUCGCUCAGCCGCUCGCCACCGCCAUGUACCAGCCUCAGCAACAGGGGCCACCCUUCAACAGGCCCAGGAACAUGCCAUACCAUCAACAACAACCCGGCCACUCUACGGAUGGCAACAACAUGGCCCAGAUGAACAGCUACCAGGCGGGUCAGUUCCCGCCGCAAACACGGCUACCCGAGGAGCUGGAGUCAGCGAUCUCUGUCCGUGUUCAGGGCGGGAGGGACGAGGACCACCGACUACUUAACCAGAAUACCCAGAUCUCCCGGCAGCACUGUGUAGAUGCCCGCCUGCACGGGGACGGUCAGGGUGGGAGUUCAGAGACUGCCUAUUCUAACAGCAACAACCUUGUCUCGCUCUCCUGCGAUGACCAGCAGAAUCAGAUGCAAGAUGUGGACUGGUCCAACUACCAGACUCCCAGUAAACUCUUUGGUCUCAAUCAGCAGCAGCACCUCCAGCAGUCCUCCCACUCUCAUGCUAACCCCAACAGCGGGCAUUCAGGAGGGGGCAUGCAAAGCUGGAAUGCUCCUGUUUCUGAACCGGCUCGUCCACAGGGUGGAAACAUGCAGGGUCUGUACGUACCCGAGAGCGCAGGCAGUAUCCUGGCCGGCUUCGGUUUGUCAAACGAUGACCUGGAGGUUCUCAGCCACUACCCUGAUGACCAACUAACUCCAGACACUCUGCCCUUCAUCCUACGUGACAUACAGAUACACAAAACAAACAGAAACACAGGCCCUCCUGCGUUCUCUCAAACUCUCCCUGCUAUUCCUAACCUGCCGCCACCGCUGCGUCUUUCUCCACCACAGCGGCAUCCUGCACAUUCAUGUACGACCAACAUCCCACGUUUUCUGAGUGUGACGCAAACGGCGGGUAAAGUUAUCGACUACGGCCACGCAAGUAGGGCGGCGGAAGAGGGUAGAGACUCUUACAAACGCGAGCUACCGCCUAAGGAGAGAGCGACUAAACCAGAGUCAAAGCCCACCGGUUCGUCUUUGAAACGUAAAGCUGAAUCCCCAAGGCAGCACGACGACUCCUCCGACUCAAAGAAAGACAAAGACUACAGGAGGCGUGCUCCAAUCCCCGACGCUCACAAGCACAAAAUAACGCCCGUCAGAGACCCGCCAUCAAGAUCUCGGUCGGAGCGCGAAGGGUCCAGAUCAAGGCCACAGUUCGAAGCCAGGAGUGAGUCGUCAAAAUCAACCAGACCCACCGGUGCCAAACGCAGCUCUAGCGCAACCAAGAGGCUCCCAACACCCACCAUGAUAGGUGAUUUCUCUGCGGACCCUCCGAAGGUGUACCCCCACACCUGCUCCCUGUGCGACAUGCAAUGUGAACGGGCUAAGGACUGGAUCAAUCACGUGAACACAGUCAACCACACAGCUAGCUGCAGAGAUCUGCGCAACAAGUAUCCAGACUGGAAUCCAAAUGUCCCAAGGAGUGACCCGUCUCAAGGUCAGGAUGCCUGUGCCAACUGGCAUUCCCUAGAACGCUCUCCCUCCCGCUCCGUGUCCCGUUCCUUGUCCUGGUCCCCCACCCCCCCUCCGGACCGAAGCAGAAGGAUCUCUCCGCCCACCUCCCAUGGACACACCCCCCACACCUCUGGCCGGCACAGCCCCUCCCAGUCCCAUCGGCGUUCUGCCUCCAGCGCUCACAGGCCGGAGAAGAGAACCAGCGAAUCCUCAGGGAUAUCUACUGGGAGCUCCUCUCGAGAAGGCCUGAAGCGUUCCAGAAAUGACCCCGCCAAGUGUGCGACUGGCCACGGCAACAGAGCAGGGGUUUCUGGGAAACACGAGUCCGGGAAACGUGAGUCCUAUUUGUCGUCCACCAGCAAGUUUCCGGCGUCCAUGUCUGAGAAGCCACAUCGUCCAGCUUCCUCUAAGCCAGGCGCCAAGCCAGCGGCCGGGAAGGAUACCGCCCUAGGACAGGACUCAGAGGUCCAGUCCUCCAACGCGCCACAGAAGAAGCCGAAUCCAACGCUGCAGAAGAAGAAUCCUCCAGGUUCCUACUUGCUCUAUCUGACGGGCCUCCCUGUAGAUGCCAAGUACCAGGAAGUGGUGUCACUGGUGCAGUCCUUCGGCAAGGUCACCAAUGUCCUCAUCAUCAGGAACGAGGAGGGUGAGGAGAACCAGGGGCAGCCGCAAUACAGUAAAGCCACUGUUUGCAUGCAGAAAGAGCAGGACGCUAAAGCACUGGCUGAGUGCCUCACUCUCAACAUACGGGAACACCCCAUCUCUGUCUCCGACCAGAAUGGCGAGGAGGAGCUUACUUCCUCGAUACCUGUCAUUAUAAAAGGAGAAGUGAUCGGUGCUCCCAAGACACCUGCAGCCCCCAACGAGGCCAACUUGACCGUCAAAGGCCCAGAAGCCAGCGUUGGUCAGAAGAAUUCAAAUGAGAGGGGCAUGGUCAAGAUUACUGGACUUCCUGAAAGCGGCUGCUCCGAGAUUGAUAUCGCAAAGCUGGCCCAGCCCUUCGGAACACCUGUCAAGAUCCUCCUCAUCACCAAGCCCAGUGAGGCUCUGGUCACCAUGCAGGAUGUGGAGUCAGCCCAGGAGAUGGUGAAGUUUUACAACGACAUGCCAGUCUGCAUCAAGGACUCUGUUCUGAACAUGAGCCUGCUUCCAAACCUCCUGGUGGACUUCAACAGACCGGUGGCCCUUUUCCAUUCAUUAAUGGGACCCAGGAAUCCUGUUAGUGUCCUGCAGAAGGCGGAGGAGGGAGGUGAUGAUGACUGGAACCGUCUCCUGGUUGUCAGUAACAUCCCGGCCACGCCCUCCGGCCCAACAGAGAUCCAGAAACUGGUCCAGCGCUUCGGCACAGUCCAACAGACUCUGGCACUCAAGGACAAGAUCAUCUUUGAGAUGGGAACAGCAGACAUGGCCAAGAGUGUCUUCAACCGCUUCCAGAAGUUUCCCUGCAUUGUUCAGAACAACAAGCUCGCCUUCUCCUGGAAACCUGAUCCCAAGACUGAUCUACCUAAAGUCGACAUCUCCUCUGCCGGCUCAACAGCUUCAACUGGUGGCAAUGACUCCCAGACUGCAGAGACCACUAUGCCCCCUGGUGGCCAGGAGGACUCGCUGUCUCAGUCAGGAUUAAAGGUGGAGUCAGGAACAGGGGUUGAUACUAAGGUUGAAGGACAGGAGGUUCAGCCAGGGAAUGAAGGGAUGAACGUUGAUAAAGGGGUUCAAGCCACAAAGUCUCCAGCAUUAGGAGGAAAGGAUCAAGAGAAGGAGCCUGAUACAUCUUCCUUACAGCCAGCAGGAGUGAACCAGAGAGAACCUGGAGGUCAGGGUGGAGAGGUCGUCACAGAGAAGGUUGCAGACAUUUCAACAACGGAGUCCGAAGAAACUGAAGAACCAGUCUCUUCAGAUGCUACCUCCGCUCCUCAAGAUGCUAAACCAGAGACUGAGAAAAUGUCUGUUUCCAGUUCCACAACAGCCACCCCAGCCCCAAAAGUGAUGGCGGCCAUCAUAGAGGCCUUACGACAGGAGAGCAGGAACAGAUCCUCUACCAAGGUUACCACCGACCAGGCUGCAGCUGAGAAUCCUCCAGGUAAACAACCAAAAGAUAAGGCGACUCCAGAUGUUCAGGCUGCCCCCGCUCUACCCAGAGUGACCCCAGAGAUCCUGAAGGUGCUGCUGGAGGAGUGCAGGGUCCGGUCCACCAGUAGGGCUGGCGCUGAGCAGGCCAGGAAGGAGCAGGACCAGGCGCCCCCUGCAGGCCAAAAUCCAUCCACUGGAAACCGAAGAGACCACAGUGGAGACGGGGAGCCUGGAAGAGAGCAGGCCACUAAGAGGAAGACCCGCGAGGAGGAAAGGGAGGAGAGGGAGAGAGCGAGGAGGGAGAGGGAGAAAGAGAGGAGGCUGAAGGCCCAAGAGGAGGAGAAGGAGAAAGGAAGAAGGGAGAGAGAGAAGAGGCGGUCCCACAGGGAACGGUCAUCAGGAUCACCGGGGUCCAGGUCCUCCAUGAGGUAUGAGGGGAGCCGGCACAGUGGGAAGAGCGGCGCCAGGUCUGAGUCCAGGAGAGGAAACGGAGAGGAGAAACAGCAGGAAGAGGAGGAGUUAGGUGAGAAGCACGUCCCCUUCGACAUGGAAGACUUUGUGACUGUGGACGAGGUGGGGGAAGCAGCUGCGGUGCCCCGUCCUCUCCCCGGGACUACCACAGAGGUGACUGAGGUUACAGAGGUGACCGUCAACGACCCUGUGACCACAGCCUCUGAGGCGGAGCAGCAGGCACCAGCUGACACUACAUCGAUGGAGUUGGAGGGUGAGCCUGGGACACCCAAGGUACGGGAGGAAGCUCUGGACAAACGAGAACAGAAGGAGGGGGGGUUGUCCCCCGCAACCACAGAGGGGUCGGUGAAGACUGCAGAGGGACCUGGGGAGGUGACAGAGGAGACAUUUCCAGACUGUCAGGAUGACAUCAAAGAGCCUGUGGUCACUGUGCCCAAGACAACCUGCGACGAGGUCACUGAGGAGUCCACAACCACAGACGCACCUGCCGCCGCUGGAGAAGAGGAAAGGGAUGGAGAAAAGGAGGGUCUCAACAUGGGGACGUUUCUGACGGUGGACGAGGUGGGACAAAUGGAGGAGGACGGGGAGAAGAGGUCUGCUGAGAACGUGGAGUCAGAGCGAAGGAGGACAUCUCAGGAGGAGAGAGAGGAGGAGACAGCGAGGAGGAAGAUGAAGAUGGAACCCCUCUUUUAUAAAGACUACAGCAUCCCUCCUUUCAACCCUGACAGCCCUGUCGGCAUGGAGUUUCUGGUCCCCAAGUCAGGCUUCUUCUGCAAGGUGUGUUCUAAGUUCUACAGCGGAACUGACGAGGCUGAGAAGAACCACUGCAAGACCCUCAAACACCAUCAGAACCUGGAGAAAUCCCUGGAGAAGUGGAGAGCGAAGAAAGACUGACUUUCCACUAUGAGCUGAAGAGUUAAAUAUUGACUGGCUGUGUCCCAACUCUUUUCCUACUUGUUUUUGUUUUUCUUCCCCAUGGGUCCAAUCUCUCCCUCACUCACAACUAUAACGGUUUCAUUUUGUUAGUUAUUUUCCCAUGAUAUAGAAGAGAAGUGACUCAAUAGAGAGUAAUUAAAGUAGAAACCAGUGUACAAUGAAAAUAAAGUGUUUUAUUCAAUCGCUGUGUCUUUGUUUUAAAGUUGAAACCAUCCUUUGAAGACAUGUUUACCCGAGUCACCUUUUACCCUUAUUCAAUACAACUUUAUUCAUCCCCCCAGGGAAAUUCUGUCUAUCUACUUAUGCAUUAUCCUGAUUUGAAUACUGCUAGUUCAGCAGUGUGGUUUCCAUGCACACAAAGGGAAAUGUACUGAUUUCCAUGUUCAACUCAUGCAUGGACCAUUAGCUUCCCCUAGCCAUAGCACAGCUAGCCACUGUGCUAAAACCUCUAACCUCAUGUUAACAUGGAAAUAUAUUAGACUUGGCUCUAGUUAAGGUAUCGUGCUCUUUUAUAUACAGUAGCUAUUUCAAAUCCAUACAUUCCAAUGACUCAUUACUUCACUGCAACAGUUGAUUUCUGUAAAAGAGAAUUCUGUCAACAUAAA